CCGCAAAAACCCAAAACCCCUUUACCCGGCGUCGUGCCCGCCUGGCCUCUAUAUCUCCGAUAUUUCCGAUUGCUUACAGUCCGUGUAUCAAAGAAAGGAAGGAGAUGAUGAGCGUGCCGGGAAAUAUUCUUCAAGGAUCACCGCUAAACAUCGACGGCGAUAAUGAACAAACCGAGCACAUCCAGAAGUGCAUCUCAGAAGCGGAAAUACAUACAGUCUUUCACGCCGACGACGCCAUCCGGCAUGCCUUUGCGGACAAUUUUGAGAAUCCAGUCGGAGCAGAAGAAGGAAUGGACAAGUCAUACCGGAAGGGAAAGGCCGCAGUUGUUUCUGAUAUCGCGAAGUUGAUGCGAUACGAUGAGAGGGGAGUUUACUCGAGGAAGGAGCUGGAAGCGAUGAGGUUUUUGAAUAUAGAAGGGCAGAUGAAGAAGUGGAUCGAGGUUUACAGUGGCCUAGGGAUUGAUGUGCAGAAGGAGUACGAUGGCCUCCUUCGUUCCGCCACUCAGAAGAAGAAUUUAGUAAACUUUAAUCCGCGGCAACAGCUCGGCAAGGCUAGGAGCCAUGUCUCAUCUGGUGGCAGGGAAAAUGCUCAGAAAGAAAGCACAAACCUGUUCGAUCCCGUAACGGGGUGUCCCAUGGGAAAUGAAAACGAGGACUCAUUUGUAGAGGGAGAAGACAAUGACUACGAUGACAGUGAUGAUGAUUACAGUAGCAUCCAAAGGCCUGCAUUUUUUGUUGCUGGAGAGCCGGAUUUUGAUUCUGGUCCUCCUGAAGAUGGGUUUGAAUACAUCAGGCGAGUAAGGUGGGAAGCAGAACAUAUGCCAAAAGUGAAAGUUUCAAAGUUUGAAAGAAGCAAGCUAAACAAAGAACAGAGUGUUUAUAUGCCCAAUAUUCCUGAUAUUGCAAGUUGCCUAGAGCACUUACUACCCCUUAAGGAGUGGGAGGAUGAGUUCCUUGCUGAUUUCUCACAGUUGAGACUGGCUUUAUCAAAGUUAGAAGGUUCUGGUGUUAACAUUCCUAGUUCCCUACCCAUAGUUUCCACUCAUCAUGAUCAAGUAACCGAAGACAUCAUUGAAAAUUUUUAUAGCAUAACAUCUGGGGAUGACCAAGGAGGGCAAAGCGAUGUUGGCGAGGAUAAUGUCCUGAAAAAUUCAUGGCCAACACUUUCAGUUAUUUCUGGGAUGGAACCGGUGACUCGAGUUUCAGUUCUCAGGAAGAAGAUAACAGCCUUUGAAAGUGCAACCACAGUCUCAAGGGACGAUUGCCUGUGGCUAUUUGGGUUGUGUGCAGCCGUUGACACUCCACUUCAUGCUGAAACCUCGGCUGCCCUCAGAUCUUUGCUCCGGAAAUGUGCGUCCUUGAGAGCUGAAAAAACAAUGGUGGACGAAGAUGUCAUCAUGCUGAACAUUUUGGCAACAAUAUCCGGUAGAUACUUUGGGCAGGCGGAGAAGUGAGUCGACACUUGCCACACCUUCUCACUCUCUUAACCAUGUCAUGUUUUUUGCCAAGUGUGGUCUUCCUCAAGCUCACAUUGGAUGUGCAACUUGUCAAGUAAGUCUAAUGUUGGCGAGUAGGCCUUCUUCUCAAUUGCCAUUUUUGUUGUUUUCAGAUCACAAUAUUACAUAGCAAAAUGGGCUUUGUUUGGUAAAAAAUACCGAGUAUAUAAACUAAUCCAUCAUAAUUUUGAAUUUGACCGACUUUUAGAACUCGG